AUGGAGUUGAGGAGGCUGCGAUGGUUCUGUACCGGCCUUCCCGAUCUCAUAAGGGCAGUGGUAGAGGCCGUUCAUCGGUUGGAUCUCAUCCUUGGCAAUAAGGCAGCGUAUCAAGAAGUGUUCAAGCCGGAGAACAUCAGCUUGAGGAACAAGCUGCGAGAGCUGUGCGUGAAGCUGAUGUUCUUGCACCCGGUGGAUUAUGGAAGAAAAGCAGAAGAGCUGCUCUGGAGAAAAGUUUACUAUGAAGUUAUCCAGCUCAUUAAAACGAAUAAAAAGCACAUUCACAGCCGGAGCACGUUGGAGUGUGCGUACCGCACUCACUUAGUCGCUGGCAUCGGGUUUUACCAGCACCUCCUCCUCUACAUCCAGUCUCACUACCAGCUGGAGCUGCAGUGCUGUAUCGACUGGACACAUGUAACCGACCCUCUAAUAGGCUGCAAGAAACCCGUGUCUGCCUCGGAGAAGGAGAUGGAGUGGGCACAGAUGGCGUGUCACAGAUGUCUGGUUUAUCUGGGAGAUCUAGCUCGCUAUCAGAAUGAACUGGCAGGCGUGGACACAGAGUUGCUGGCGGAGCGGUUUUACUAUCAAGCCCUUUCUGUCGCGCCGCAAAUAGGCAUGCCCUUUAACCAGCUGGGGACACUGGCAGGGAGCAAAUACUACAACGUGGAAGCUACCUAUUGCUACUUACGCUGUAUCCAGUCUGAAGUGUCCUUUGAAGGUGCCUACGGGAACCUGAAGCGGCUGUAUGACAAAGCAGCCAAAAUGUAUCACCAGCUGAAGAAAUGUGAAACGAGGAAACUGUCUCCAAGCAAGAAACGAGGCAAAGACAUUAAGAGGUUGCUGGUGAGCUUUAUGUACCUGCAGAGUCUUUUGCAGCCAAAGAGCAGCUCUCUGGAUUCUGAGCUGACGUCUCUCUGCCAGUCUGUGCUGGAGGAUUUCAAUCUGUGCUUGUUCUACCUGCCGUCUCCUCCUAACUUGAGCUCGACUAGUGAAGAUGAAGAAGAGUAUGAGAGUGGCUACUCCUUCCUUCCUGACCUCCUAAUCUUCCGCAUGGUGAUCAUCUGCCUUAUGAGCGUUCACAGCCUCAAGAGGGCAGGUUCGAAGCAGUACAGCGCAGCCAUCGCUUUCACGCUGGCCCUCUUCUCUCACCUCAUCAAUCACGUCAAUAUUCGCCUGCAGGCAGAGCUGGAAGAAGGGGAAAAUCCAGUCCCAGCCUUUCAGAGCGAUGGCACGGAUGACCAGGAGUCACGGGAGCCGUUGAGCUCGAUUGAGAAGGAAGUUGAAGCUGACUUGGCCAAUCAUCAGCCCAGCGAGGAACAACGGAAGAAUGACUGCAAGAAAAGCAAGAAAUACUCCCGCCUCUCCUGUUUGCGCCGCCGCCGCCACCCCCAGAAGGUGGAUGAGAGCGACCUGAGCGAGGGCUUUGACUCCGACUCCAGCCAGGGCUCCACCAAGGGCAGCGACGGCUCAGAAAGUGGCUCAGAGAAGAGCGAUGAGGAAGCGGAAGCUGCUUUUGACGUGGAGACGGACUCUGACAUGAACAGCCAAGAAUCUCGCUCCGACUUGGAGGACAUGGAGGAUGAGCCGGGUGAGGAGGGAAGCGGCCGAGGCAAAAGUGGGCCCAAAGAGGCCUUAAAAAACUGUGUGGAUGGCAGUGGACAUGGGGACUCCAAGAGCCCGAGCAUCUCUAAAAUCGAGACUCUGGAUCCAGCAGUUAACGGGCCGGCUUCCCUGAGCACUAACGACGCGAGCAUCGCCAGUAAUCUCCAGGCCAUGUCCACCCAGCUCUUCCAGACCAAACGCUGCUUUCGCUUGGCUCCCACUUUCAGCAACAUCCUUCUGAAACCCAACAGCGAACCGUCCGUCUUGAAGGACGGGCUGGAAAGCAAACCGUGCGUCAACGGAGAUCUGGAGAAGCCCAGCUUAGCGGAGCAAGACGAUGUGUCUGAUUCCGAGGAAAGCAUUUCAAGUAACAAAUCCUGCAGGAAUGAGCGAUCCCUUCAGGAGAAGCUGGAGAUCGUGACCAACGAAGGGCUGCUGCUCACCGUCAAGGUGUUCCUGGACUGGCUGAGGACAAACACGGACCUCAUCAUCAUGUGUGCUCAG